CAGCGCACAUACUUUACAACCAAAUAUUUCAUAAAAAUACCAUCUCAAAAUUCCCCUAGAUCUGCAUCAUCUUCCCAUUACAAAAAGAAUUUAAUUGAAUUGAAGUGAUUGUUUUCGCUUUCUGUCUUACAUUUGAAGUGAAACGACACCGUAUAGAUGGACGAAGAUGAGGCUGUUUUGGUAAAAUCAAGUUGAAUUAACUUUUGCUGGCAGUUGAAGAAAGGUUGGCCGGCCCGAGAUUUCAAAUUCCUGUAAGACUCUGACUGCUGAGCUUAAUCUUUAAGAAGGAAGAAGAAGAAGAAGAAGGAAUACGGCGACGUUUUGGAUCGAGUGGGGGCGAAGAGGAGCUUAGCAAAAUGGUGAAGGGACUGCAACUACAAGGGCAAAACCUGCCACCGGAUUUGACCCAAGUCAUUGAUCAGCUGGAGCGCCACUGCUUGGCACCCGAUGGUUCUCUCGUCUCCAAAUUGUUGGCAAUUGCAAUGGUGGAAGAGUAUCAACAAGCAGUUUCGGUGGCCAAUCUUGGAGGAAUUCGAGAUGUUCAGGGUUUAUAUCUGCAAUCGGACUUGAAGAAUCCUCCUCAGUUGUACGAGACAUUGGAGCAUCGCAUGAUUGUUGCGGAAGCAGCUCAAAGAUUGAGGCUUCCUCUUAUCUCCAAAGAUGGUGAAAUUCAUGAGGAAGAAAUUGAAAAAUGCAGUACGAUGUCACGCAGUUCCCUUGACAGUACCAGUACCAGCGUUACAAUCAGCUCAAGUUCCAACUCAACCAAUUUUAAUACUGCUACUAGCACCAGUAGUGCAGCAAACAACAAUCUUUCUCUUAGUGCUACUGAUGCUGUGGAAUCUGGAGUUGGUGGUGUUCCGAAUCGCUUUCUUGGAAUUACACCUGCAUAUUUAUGGCAAACACAGCUCCAGCAAACACCAUUGUCAAUGGACAUGACAGAAUAUCAGUUGUGUCUUUCUCGGGAGAUUGAAGUCCGUUUAGUAGCUAAAUGUGAUAAAUUAGCCGAUGCCUUUAUAAUGGAUGACAAUGACUCGUCAUCUGGGCAUCAGAAUUCAAGUUCUUGCCUUCCAGAAAGGGUGAAGUUGAUAAUUGAGGAGAUGGAAAGGGAGGAAGCUGCUCUACGGGAAGAUCUAUAUUCUGCGGAUAGAAAAUUUGCUGAAUAUUAUAAUGUCCUAGAGCAGAUACUGGGAGUGCUCAUCAAACUGGUCAGAGAUUUGAAGUUGCAACAUCAACAUAAAUAUGACGGACUGCAAAAAACAUGGCUUUGCAAGAGGUGUGAGACGAUGAGUGCAAAAUUGAGGGUUCUGGAGCAUGUUCUCCUUCUUGAAACUUAUACUAAGGAGUCAAUACCGGCCCUACAUAAAAUAAGGAAGUAUCUCCUUGAAGCUACAGAUGAAGCUUCAAUCGCAUAUAAUAAAGCGGUUACACGUCUUAGAGAAUAUCAGGGUGUUGAUCCUCACUUUGAUUCAAUUGCAAGGCAAUACCAUGAUAUUAUAAAGAAAUUGGAAAAUAUGCAAUGGACAAUCGACCAAAUUGAAAUGGACCUGACACACCCAGAUCACGUAAAUGCAUAGAACCUGCUGUAUCUUGUUUGGUCUUGUUUUCUGAGUCCAAGCCUCCAAUUGCUUCAUCACUGGCCUGUUGAUUGUUUCCUUAGGGAAAUGAAAAACGCCUUCUGAAUAGUAUCAUCAUGCUUGUGACUUUCUUCUUUGUUUGACAUUUGUGCUUAUGGUUAUAAGCUAGAUUGGUCAUAGACAGAGCUGAUUUUUGAAAUGUUGUGUAUAAUUAUCUCCUUACAAGGAGGAUACUCUGUAAAUCAUCAUCACAUUAAAAGAAUUAUAGGCAUCUCGCCACGUUUUAUGACCUUA